UGAACUUCCAACUUCUGCUUUCAUAUGAUCUCUGAACCCCUAAAGUGAUGGUGCUCAAUCCUAUCACAUACAACACUCUUCCUAUAACUCUGUAACUACUUUUCCUAUACUUAUACUGAAGUGGAAUUUAUAGAUAAUAUAAUCUACCAAUACAUAUCUUAACUGUAAUAUAAAAAAGAAAAUAAAAGGAAGGUAUCUGUUAAAAGAAUUGAAAAAGAGAAAUGUAGAAACUGAUACAAAAUUAGCCUUACUAAACUUGAAUGAGAAUAUAAAAAUAACUUGACCAAUCACGUGCAACAUGCGCCUUUUCAGAAAGAGAUCAAAAGAAAGCCAGUCUCAAGUGCCAGAUUUGAAAAAUUUUAUUCCACGAACAACAUUAAGCAUUGUGGUAAUUUGUGUUAAAUGCCACAGAACAUUGUAAAAAUGGCUUAAGGAGACCGAGGCGACAAAGUGUUGAAAAUAGCGAUUCAAAAGAAGGCUCACGUCAUCGGGGAGUGAACUUGUGUACCAAUACCUUCACUGCGAGCCAUAAGGAACAAUUGACUUGUCCAAUCAGAACGAGACUCUCUUUAUAUAUACUGGAAGAAAGGGGCAGGGCUUCGUUUUCCCAUCAGUUAGCGGCUUUUGGGAUAUCUGUCAUGGCUCGCACUAAGCAGACCGCUCGCAAGUCCACUGGUGGUAAGGCGCCGCGCAAGCAGCUCGCCACCAAGGCGGCCCGCAAGAGCGCGCCGGCCACCGGCGGCGUGAAGAAGCCGCACCGCUACCGGCCCGGCACGGUAGCUCUGCGCGAGAUCCGCCGCUACCAGAAGUCCACGGAGCUGCUGAUCCGCAAGCUGCCGUUCCAGCGGCUGGUGCGCGAGAUCGCACAGGACUUCAAGACCGACCUGCGCUUCCAAAGCUCGGCGGUGAUGGCGCUACAGGAAGCGUGCGAAGCCUAUCUGGUGGGGCUCUUCGAGGAUACCAACCUGUGUGCCAUCCACGCCAAGCGCGUCACCAUCAUGCCCAAGGACAUCCAGCUUGCCCGCCGCAUCCGCGGGGAGAGGGCGUAGAUGUUUUUUCCCCGAUAAGUAACCGAAUUUCACCCGAAAGGCUCUUCUCAGAGCCACUACACUUUCUGGUAAGGAGUUGUGUACUGGUAUCUCCAUUUCGAGCGAAGAGGAAACUUACCUCAAGAGGUAUUAUUACAAGCUCUUUAAUAA